AUGGCUGAUGGCGAAAGAUCACGCAAGCCAAAGAACUUGUACAUUGCCCACCGUCGCUCUCCGAGCGAAUUGACCACGCUUAUGGUGGAGCAAUAUAACCUCCAGCGCCAGUUGGAGGCAGUCCAACUGCAGCAGAAGCAGCUCUUACAACAACAACAGCUGCUGCUGCUGCUUACGGUUCCCCAGGAGGGAUAUAAAUCUCAUUCCAGGAACCUGUCGACCAACAACGCAAACCACCGCAGAACCGGCUCUCUGGGAGGUUCCCAACAGGGUCAUGCACGUAGACACUCCUUGGGGCUUAAUGAGGCCAUCAAGGCUGCUGCAUCACAGAAACAAUCCAACUUGGCUUCCCUUGGAUCAAACGCUACCAACAGUCCACCAGGUCUUCGUGCAGCUCUGCCAACAUUGGGCCAUUCUAAUAGUAGCUCAGAAUCUUUGGGAGGAUUCCGCUUUCCCAAUAAUGCUCCAGACUCCGAACGGGAACUUUCUCCAGGCCAUUCGCGCUCGCGUUCAUUAGCGUAUGGCCAACAAUUCAAAUUUCCUCCCGAAAACUCCUCCUUUCUUCCUCCCGUGCCAGGUUUCAGCUCUACUUCUCCUGAACGUGGCCACCAACGCCGGGGAUCCCACUUGAGAUCAAAUUCUCGUAAUCUCGACAAUAGCAAUAUCAAUUCCAAUUGGCGUUCACAACAACAACCAGCUGGACAACAAUAUAGCUCUGCAACAUUGGAACCACCUCUGUUCUUCGUUCCUGGCCACCGCAACAAAUCAAGCUCUUAUGGCGGAGGCGGCUCUGUUUCGUCUCUAUCACAAUUCAACCCCAAUAUGGGCCAAGGAAACAAUAACAACAACGGCAAUGCGAACGGCCGUAAGUCCCUUUUUGCGCCAUAUUUGCCUCAAAUGUCUUUGCCAGAUUUAAUAAACGAGGGACGUUUGGUGACCGGAACUUUGCGGGUCAAUAAGAAGAACCGUUCUGAUGCCUAUGUCUCCACAGAUGGUUUAUUGGAAGCUGAUAUCUUCAUUUGUGGCUCCAAGGACCGUAACAGAGCAUUGGAAGGCGACUUGGUUGCAGUAGAGUUGCUUGUUGUUGAUGAAGUUUGGGAGUCCAAGAAAGAAAAAGAGGAAAAGAAACGUCGCAAAGACAACAAUAUGACAAAGUCUAAUACUACCUCUGUUUUGAGUGACGAUAUUCAUAAUGACGCCACGUCUACUCUGGCUGCCGAUUCGAAGAAGGAGAACGAUGGCGAGAGUUUGGGGAGAAGAGGCUCUCUUAAGCAAAGACCUACAAUGAAGAAAAAUGAUGACGUUGAGGUGGAGGGCCAAGCAUUACUUCUAGUUGAAGAAGAGGAAAUUAACGAUGAGGUCAAACCUUUGUAUGCGGGUCAUGUGGUUGCCGUUGUGGAUCGUAUUCCCGGCCAAAUCUUUGCUGGUACGUUAGGUUUAUUAAGGCCCGCACAAGCAGCACAGGCAGCCAUGGAUAAAAAAUACGGUAAAGAAUCGUCUGUUCAAACACCAAGAACACCAAAGAUUGUUUGGUUUAAACCCACGGACAAACGUGUUCCUUUAAUCGCAAUCCCUACAGAACAAGCUCCUCGCGACUUUGUUGAAAAUCACGAAAAGUACUCAGACCUGUUAUUCAUCGCCUCCAUUAAAAGAUGGCCAAUUACUUCGUUGCAUCCCUUUGGAACACUUGUGUGCAAAUUGGGUAAGAUUGAUGAUCCUGCAAUUGAAGUGGAUGCGAUUUUGAGGGACAAUAACUUUUCUUGCGACGAGUAUCCAAAUGAGAAUGACUUUGCAGAAGACUACAUGACAUCCUUUUUUGGGCCACUUCCUAGUAUCGAAGCCGAGUUGACCAACCCUGACAGGGUAGAAUAUUUGAAUGAUUACAUUAUAUCUUUUACUCAGAACAAUGAGUUUGUUGAUCAUGCUUUCCAUGUGAAGAGACUUAGCAGCACAAAGAUCGAGUUUGGUUUCCACUCGGCAGAUGUGUCUCAUUUUGUGCAUCCAGGUUCGUUGUUGGAAAGAAAGGCGAAGAAGAGAUCGUGCUCCGCAUUUUUACCCCAAAAAUCCUCUCAUUUGUAUCCAGAACAAUUCAAUAAGUUGGUUUCUUUCAAGGAAAACGUUAAAAAUUUGGCCUUGUCGGUCGUUUUCGAAAUCGAUACUACUAGUUUUGAAGUUGAGGAUAUUCACAUUCAAGAGUCGGUUAUUGUACCAAAGUCUUUGGUGAGUUACGAUGAUGUCGAUGCUAUCUUGAGCAAUAAACCUGUUGAGGAUAUCACUUCUGCUACUUCUGACUAUAUCAAGACCUUUGCAUUAAUUGCCAAAGAGUUCCGUCGCCAAAGAUUGGAAAAUCGGGCCUUAGGAAUUAGUCCAACGCUCAAUUUGUUAGAUCAAAUUGAUGAUGAGAAAGUGAGAUUGCACUUGAAUAUUUAUCAAUCGAGUGAUGCUUUGCUGAUGGUUUCCGAGAUUUCUCACAAAGUAAAUGCUACUGUCGCUGCCAAAGUACAUGCAUUCCUUGGAGAUGAGGCCUUUUUACGUCGCCAUGCAUUGCCAACAUUGCAAAAGAUUGAAAACUUCUCAAGAAAAGCAGCAAAUUUGGGCUUCGAGAUGGACAUCAGCACAUCAGCAAGUUUGCAGAAUUCCAUUUUGAAAAUCGAGGACCCAGUCAAAAGACAAUGUAUUGAGACUUUGUUGUUCAAAUCGAUGCCAAAGCCUAAGUACUAUAUUGCUGGAAAGCAAGAUUCAGAUUCAUAUGGACAUUACUAUUUGAACUUGCCAUUGCACACACACUUCACAGCACCAUUGAGAAGAUUUGCCGAUUUGAUUGUGCAUAGGCAAGUGAAGGCCGUUAUCAACAAGACAACUUCAGAGCCUAACAACUUAGAGGCCUUGAAGACUAUAGCCGAUUAUUGUAACUUCAAGAAAGACUGUGCUGCCAACGCACAGGAACAAGCAAUUCAUUUGUUAUUGUCCCAAACUAUUAACGAGAUGAGUGAAAAUACUGGUCAGUUAUUGGUGAUGGGCACAGUCGUCCAAGUUUACGAAUCAUCAUUUGACGUUUUUAUUCCUGAGUUGGGUGUGGAGAAGAGAGUUCAUGGUGAUCAGUUGCCAUUGGUUAAGGCCGAAUUCGACAAGGCAAACCGUACGCUUGAGUUGUUCUGGGAAAAAGGUGUUGAUGCGGCGACGUACGUUCCCCCAGAUGAAAAGACGUCAUUGAGUUACCGUAGCUCAAUCAAGAACAAGUACCGUACAUCAUCGUUGGAAGCAGCAAAGUUCCAAGGUGAGAGCAUGAAACAAGGCGGUGCCAUUAGUAGUGUUGCUGACAAGUUGGCGAAGCUUAACAUUGACGCCCCUAAUGUGGGGUCACAAGGCAGCGAAGAGGAUGGAUUGGCACCAUAUUUGCGCGACAGCAUUACACGGGUCGAGGGCAACUCUUAUAUUCAAGAAAUCCGUGAAAUGCGGCAGGUUGCAGUUUUGUUGCGGGCAGAGAUCGGCAUGGCAUUGCCUUGCUUGACUGUGCGGGUGUUGAAUCCUUUUGCAUAG